CUUCCUGAGUCCAACAACAUCCAGGAAACAGAUGGGGACCCUGCCUAGAGAAUUACACUAAGACUGAGCUUCCCUCUCUACCCCUUCCUUCUCUCUCCCUCAGUCAGUAGAAAGUCAGUCUCCUUUCCCUCAGUCAGUAAAAAAAGAAUUGCAUUAUUUUUUUUUUCUUUUUGCUUAAAAAAAUUAUUUAUUUUUAGCAUUAAAAAAAUUUGAGUUUUAAAUUUUCUCCCUCCCUUUCACCUUUUUGUCAUCCAUUGACAAAGCAAGCAAUAUGAUUAGAAUAGCAUUAUUCCUAAAUUAGUUCUGUGCUGGGCAUUGGGGAAACUCACUCAUAAUGUGCUCAGCUGGUGCUGCCCUGGCAUGGUUGGGAGAGAAGGAGGGGUAUGGCUUUGGUGGGAUACAGUUGUGAUAGACGCCUGAGCAGCACUGGGAGGCGCCUGAAAUGUCCCGGACCCCUUCUUUCGUCCUUCCCAUUCCUGAAGGCAGGGAAAGCUCUAGCCAGGAUCUCAGCCCGUAUGAUGAGAGCAUUGUACACGACUCCUUCCAUCAGCUCAUCCAGGAGCAGAGUCAGCGGGCUGAAGCUGAAUCUCUGGAACUCCAAGAGUGGCCUCCUAGGGACAAAGGUGGAGGUUCCCAGCUCCACGGGGCUCCUCAGGAGUAUAGUUCAGCCACACUUCGGAUCCUGGCCAACAUGCCCAGUCGAACCAUUGGUCGAAGCAGGGGAGCCAUUAUUUCACAGUACUACAAUCAAACAGUCAAACUAAGGCGGAAAAAUAGCCGACCCUUGCUGAGAGACAUGUCACGUUCUGCACGACCCAGUAUUCGGCAAUAUGACUUGGAAUUUGACUUGACCCCCAGGGAAGAAGAAGAGAAGCGGAGUUUGUUGGUGGAGGAACUGCAGGGCCUGACAAUAACACAGAGGAACCACAUGCUGCAGAACAUGCCCCUGAGCCUGACUGAGAAACGCUGCCUCCGACAGGACAUCUAUAUUCGUAGAGGAAGACAGAGAUGCUAUCAGAUCAGCCAGACCCAGUUGUACUGCUGUAGUCACCUCAAGUAUCACUGUAUCAUAGCUUUCCGCAGCUUGUGGUAUGGUCUUCUCUCUGGUCUGUAUGCUCUGAAGCCCUGGCGUUACUCCCUGAAACAAAUCAGUGGCCAGUUUGGCUCUAGUGUGCUCUCCUACUUCCUUUUCCUGAAGACCUUAGUCUCCUUCAACAUCCUGCUCCUCCUCCUCCUGCUGCCCUUCAUUGUGGCCGUACAGGUGGCCUUCCCCCCCACUUCAGAGUCUUCUAACUUCCAGUCAUUCACAGGCCUGGAGCUCUUCACUGGAGGAGGCCCAUUCACCCACACAGUGAUGUACUACGGCUACUACAGCAACUUCACCUUGAAUCAGCCAUGCUCUUCCCAUCAGAGCAGUGACCACUGUCCUGCAAAUGCAGUCCAUCUGCCAUAUAAUAUGCCUCUGGCCUACCUCUUUACCAUUGGUUUUUCCUUCUUUAUCACCUGCAUCACUCUGGUAUACAGCAUGUCUCGUUCCUUUGGGAAGAGCUAUCGGGUGGGCAGUACACUUGGAGUCCACGCCAUCACCGUCUUCUGCUCUUGGGACUACAAUGUCACCCAAAAAUGGGCUUCCCGCCUACAACAUGAUAACAUUAGGACGCAGUUGAAGGAGCUAUUGGCUGAGUGGCAGCUGAAGCAAUACCCAAGAAGUGUGUGUGGGAGACUGAGACAGAUGACAGUGCUAUUUCUGGUGUGGCUGCUGUCCCUAGCUUCUGUCCUGGGUUGUGCCAUUGCUGUCUACUCAUUUUCAGAGUUCAUGCAUGAAAACCAUGAGAUUAGGACUGAGACGAUUAGUGAGAAGCUCCAGGAAGCCCGUCUGCUGGUUCUUCCCCUCAUAGUCUGCAUCAUCAACUUGGUGGUUCCUUAUUUCUACAAUGUCCUAGCCAUCUGUGAGCAGCAUGAUUCUCCUGUUUUGGAGGUCUAUGUGGCUAUUUGCAGGAACCUGAUUCUCAAGAUGGUUAUUUUGGGACUUCUCUGUUACCACUGGAUGGGGCGUAAAGUUAAAUCGCUGGAAGACCAGUGCUGGGAGACAUUUGUGGGGCAGGAGCUCUACCGCUUCAUGGUGAUGGACUUUAUCUUUACGCUUGUGGACACCCUCUUUGGAGAGCUGGUCUGGAGGCUCAUUUCAGAGAAGCUGAAGCGGGAUCGGAAACCAGAGUUUGAUGUUGCUCGAAAUGUACUGGAGUUGAUUUAUGGACAGACCCUGACCUGGCUGGGUGUUCUCUUCUCUCCUCUUCUGCCUGUCAUCCAGGUUCUCAAGCUCCUGUUCCUGUUCUAUAUCAAGAAGAUCAGCCUCAUGGCAAACUGCCAAGCACCUAGGAAACCCUGGAGAGCUUCACAUAUGACCACUAUUUUCAUCACUCUCCUCUGCUUCCCCUCCUUCUUAGGGGCAGCCAUAUUCCUUUCCUAUGCCAUCUGGCAAGUGAGACCCUCCAGAAAUUGUGGCCCCUUCCGGACCUUGGACACCAUCUAUGAGGCUGGGAAAGUUUGGAUUCGUCGCCUGGAGGAAGCCAGUCCCAGUGUUACUUGGUUUACCUGGAUUCACCAGAAUCUUGUGGAAAAUACCUUUUUUAUUUUCCUGAUGUCAAUUGUGCUUCUGGUUGCAAUCUAUUUCAAUAUCCAGGUGGUGAAGGGACAGCGGAAAGUUAUCUGCCUCCUCAAGGAACAUAUUAAUAAUGAGGGAGAAGACAAAAUUUUCCUUAUCAACAAAAUUCACUCCAUUUAUGAGAAGAAGGCAGUCCACCAAUAAGGGUCUGAAGCCAGAAGGUCCCUGAGGCUCUAAAGUGCUCUUCAGUUUUACUUGAAGAUACUCAUAGCUGAAGAACAUUAACCUGGCCAGAGACCAACCAUUGAAUCUGGAAAUUAAUUCAGCAAUGACUGCCACUUCUUCCUCCUCCUCUUCCCCUCAUUCUCUUUCUUCCAGUUUACUUGGAACUGGCUUAAUGUAGUAUUUAUUUGAAAUAAAUAGUGUUUUUAUUUUGUUU